AUCACUGGACGGCGACAGUGCUCUAUAUAAAUCUAAUUGGAGAUUAUCGCGAGUUCCGUCUGCUUCCGUCUGCCAAUUCACUUAGCCGUAUAAUGACCGUAGUUUACGCAUCUUGAUCGAAUUUCGUGCGUCGUUAGAGUUCGCGAGCGUUCGCGGUGCUGAAUUUCGUACAGAAGAAAUCGCGCAACAAAGACUGACAAGCCAUGGUUCAACAGUACCAGUCGCCCGUGCGAGUUUACAAGCAUCCUUUCGCUCUUGUCAUGAUGGCGUACGAGCGGAGAUUUCCAACGUGUCCACAGAUACCAGUUUUUGUCGGAUGCGAAGUUAUGCUGGACGAGGAGAGCAAGGAUGGUGCCAUUAGAACCACCGAGAGAAGAUGCAAAUUAAAUGUCGAGGCGCCUUACAUCUUGAAAAAGAUAAUUGGUGUGGAUUUUGUAUACUUUAUUCAGAGGAAUGUUUUAGAUAGACGCAAUAGUGUUUUAGAAAUUGAAGCAUACAACGAAAGCUUUGCCAAUAGAGUAACUGUUAUUGAAAAAUGUAGAUAUUUUAUUCAUCCUGAAAAUCCAGAAUGGACUUGCUUUGAACAAACAGCAAGUUUAGAUAUUAAAAAUUUCUUUGGAUUCGAAAAUUCAAUGGAAAAAUUAGCAAUGAAGCAAUAUGCUCAAAAUAUUGCCAAGGGUAAGGAAAUUAUAGAAUAUUUCAUAAAUCAAUUGAAAGAAGAAGGCAUCACAUAUGUUUCUCCUUGGGAAGAUCCGAAGGAAGGCUCUGAGGAAGAGGAAAAGAAAAGUGUGGACGAAAAUAAUGAGUAUAGUGACAAAGAAUUAUGUACUGCCGACAACAAACUGCCUAGCAACAGAGAAAUGCAAUUGUCCUCGGAUUACAUAGAAAGAUAUUUAGGAAAUCUAGACAUGCUACAGGAGAGCAAGUUAGUGCAACUUAGGCAUAGUAUAGAGGAAUUGAGAGGGAGUUCAGUACCGGGUUACGCAACGCUCCUGCGGUUCCUGCGAGCCACAGAAUUCUCGGUCGAGAAGGCCAGAGAAAUGUUAACACAAUCUUUGCAUUGGAGGAAAAAGCAUCAAAUCGAUAAGCUUCUUGACGAAUAUGAAAUGCCGCAAGUGGUCAAAGAUUAUUUCCCUGGCGGUUGGCAUCAUUUUGAUAAAGAUGGUCGGCCUUUAUACAUUUUAAGACUGGGUCAAAUGGAUGUUAAAGGUCUACUGAAAUCGAUUGGAGAGGACGAAUUGUUAUUACUGGCUUUACAUGUUUGCGAAGAAGGUCUGCAUUUGAUGGAAGAGGCUACCAAUGUCUGGGGACAUCCGGUUUCUCAGUGGACUCUGUUGAUAGAUUUAGAAGGCUUGAAUAUGCGACAUUUAUGGAGACCCGGAAUAAAAGCAUUAUUGAGAAUAAUAGAAAUAGUCGAAGCGAAUUAUCCAGAAACAAUGGGAAGAGUUUUGAUCAUACGUGCGCCUAGAUGCUUCCCUAUCUUGUGGACACUCAUUAGCACUUUUAUCAACGAAAACACUAGGAAAAAGUUUAUCUUCUAUUGUGGUACGGACUAUCAAGAACAGGGAUCCGGAGGUCUUAGUGAAUAUAUUAAUCAAGAAUUUAUUCCAGACUUCCUUGGUGGUUCUUCCGAGACGUACGUGAUGGAGGGUGGAGUAGUUCCAAAGAAUCUGUACAAACUAGAUUUGGAAGGCACGUCCGGCGAACACGAGCACAGCUUAUAUCAUUCCGUCAGCGUGAGUCGCGGUCAGAGUCACCAUGUGUUUAUAGAAUCGGACGAUCCGGGGGCCGUUUUAACAUGGGAUUUCGAUGUGAUGCGGCACAACGUCGUGUUCACGGUACUCUACAAGCCCUGGAAUAGCGAAAAUGGUACUGUUGCAGAAAUCUCAGAACUCGCAAUUGGUGGCGAUCACGAAGUUAUCGGUGCAAAGGAGCUAAAAGACAACUAUGUUAAAGUUGAACCUAGCAUAGUUUGUCAUGACGGAGAAAGCAUUCAGGGUACUCAUAUCAUGCAAAAUACCGGUACUUAUGUGCUGCAAUGGCAGAAUCAAGAAGAUCAAGCUGAAUUUCUUCCAUCCAUUAGUUCUCACAAAGCUCAACUGAUGUAUUUUUACGAAACAUUGCCGUCUGCGCAUUACAGAGGUUCGAUGAUGAGUCUCCAGUCUGCUAUAAGCGGCAGAUCAGAGGCCAGUUCAUCUCUGUCCAGAUGAAAAGCGAUGGAAGCGAGUAUCGAAUUCCAAGAGACGUGAGAUAAUUUUAAAUAUAGGUUUUAUCAUUUUAGUGAGAGAUAUAUGUUGCAGGAAUAUAACACAUACAUAUGUAUAAUACAUAUACGAAUCUCAGCUUACAAAGUAAGCUCAGAAGAUGCAUUUGAGAUUUUAAUUGAUCUAAUAUUUUAACUUUUUUGACGCAAUUAUCUACACACAUCACAUCAAAUCCGAACGCUUGGAAUUCGAAUUGGAAUUCAAGAGUCUCAGAUGUCCGAAAUACUCACAUUCGCGACAAUUAAUUAGCUAAUGUUAUCGUGUUACAUAGUUAACAAUUAUAGUGUAUAACGAUGUUGUCCGUUCAAACUUUAUUUUCAUAUGAAAAUAUAAAGCUAGAUGAAAUUUUUAGUACAAGAAUUAUAUACCGAGGAAAUAACGCUGAGGUACAAAAUUUUACAGCGUACAUUUUCUAGAGGAUAGUGCAAUAUGAUGGAUAAGAGGAAGCGCAUUGUUGCAAGUUAAGAUUUCCAGCUCCGAGGAGCAAUAAAAUAGAAGUACAGUAACACACAUCGCAUACCUACAUACAAAUUGUGAUUGAUUAUUACGAUACAUAUACGAAUCAUGUACAUAGAAAACACGGGUAAAAACAAAAAACAAAAAACACGCUCUUCCUCAGCGAACCUGCAUUUGGAAUUCCGCAUUUUUUUUAAUUGGAAGAUGCAUAAAUUUUUAUAGUAUUGUAGCGAACUAACAAUCCAUUGUUGACACCGAUUUGUAUUUAGUAUCUUUUGAUAUACUUCCACGAAUGUUUUAACGUAAUUUGCAAGAAAAUCAACAAACGACCUACAGAAAACACACCGGAAUAUAAAUUGUGCGUCUCUGUGUGUGUGUAUGUGUGUGCGUCUCAAAUAUAUUAAUUUAUUAAUAAUACUGUGGUUGAAGGUUGUCUAUAGAUAAUAAGUUCAAUGGUUCUGGUACUAAGUUUUAGAUUCAAGUGAGAUCUCGCUGCCUAAAAAUUAAUAAAACCACACGCUUAAUAUACGUUUUGUAAUAUAUUAUGUGCCAACACAAAUGUUCAAAUUAAUAAAAAAAAAAAAAUACUUUCAGUACAACUAGGACGAAUUAUCAUGUAAAUAUAGAGCGAGGAGGGAAAAAAACUAAUUUUGAGACUAUAAUAUAAGAACACAAUGAAUCCACUGACGUAUGGAUGUUCCGGUGAUAAGGUAAUAUCAGUUGUUAAUUUUCAGGUAGCUUACGCAGGAAUUCAUUAAUUUUACAUACAAACAAGUAUAUAUAUAUAUAUAUAUAUAUAAUGUAAGUUAUUAAAAAAAAAGAUUAUAUAUAUAUAUGUAAGUUAUUUUACAAAAAGAUUAAUGUGAUUACAUCGGUACAGAUUACUUAUAUGUAACUCCGAAUUGUAAGAUACUCGAAAUACUGAAAUUGUAAAUAAUAACUGUAAUCAAGUACAAUGAAUAAUGUAGAACAAUGUUACAAAUGUUCACAUUCCAAUGAAAAAAAAACGAAAAA